AUGGCGGCGGCGCUGGAGCGGGCGCUGGGCCCGGCGGCAGCGGGGCGAGGCUCGGAGGCGGCGCUGCCGCCGCUGCCGGUGCUGGUGCUGGGCCCGGCGGGCUCGGGCCGCACCUCGCUGCUGCUGCGGGCGGCGCUGGCGGGCGGCGCGGACGGGCCCCGCGCGCUGUUCCUGGCGCCCAGCGCCAUCCCGCGGCUGCCGGGAGGCCCCGGCGGGCCCGGCACCGACCCGCGAGCGCUGCAGCGCCUGCAGCUGCGCUACCCCCGCUCUCGGCUGUCUCUGUGUCGCGAGCUGCUGUCGCUGUCGCUGUCGCCGCCCGCGCCGCCGUCGCUGCUGCUCGUGGACGGGCUGGAGCGCUACGCGGGGCCGUGCCCGGGCGUCGCGGCGCGGCUGGCCGCGCUGCUGCUGGAGCUGGGGCGCUCGCCGCGCUGUCCCCCGCCGCAGGUGGUGGCCGCGCUGCGCCUGCCGCCGCCCGGGGGCCCGCCCGUGCUGGGGACGCUGCUGCGCUUCUUCCCCGCGCGCUGUCACCUGAGCCCGGCCCGCGGGGACGGCCCGCGACACGCGCGGGUGGCGCUGCGCUGCCCCGGGACACCGCCCCGCCGGUGGCGGCUGCGCCUCGGCGACAGCGGCGGCGACAGCGGCGGGGACAACGGCGGGGACAGCGGCGGGGACAGCGACAGUGACAACGGCAGGGACAACGGCAGGGACAGUGACGGGGACAGCCGCGGCGAGGAGGAGUGGGCGUGACACGGCCACCCCCGGGGGGACACGGGGCUGAUGUCACCCCCCCGCUGGUGACAAGGAGUCAAUGUCACCCCCCCCAGCACUGGUGACAAGGACCCCGUGGGUGACACGGCCACCCCCGGGGGGACACGGGGCUGGUGUCACCCCCCCCAGUGACAAAGACUCGAUGUCACCUCCCCCAUUGGUGACAAGGACCCCCCAGGUGACAUGGGCUCGGUGUCACCCUCCUCACUGGUGACAAGGACCUGACGGGUGACACGUUCACGGUGUCACCCCCCCGUCACUGGUGGCGCCCUGACGUCACCUCCCCCGUCACUGGUGACACGUUCCCAGUGUCACCCCCCCCGUCACUGGUGACAAGGACCCGAUGUCACCCCCCCAUUGGUGACACGUUCUCGAUGUCACCCCCCCGU